GGUGGAGAAAAUAUAUGUGAGAGUGAAUGGAACUGUGGGUGUUUGUGUGUGUGCCUACAAUCAUCGUCGUGCCAGUGUCAGUUUGUUUAAAGCCGAGUUUCAGGGGAAAAAUACACCUUCAUGAGUUGGCAGGAGACACACAUCCGGAGGAAAUGAUGCAAUUAUCUUAGCUGAGGUCACUUGCGCAUGUAUAUAUAGAUAUAUUUAUACCUAUAUAUACAUAUGUACACUGGGAUAUCGUGCAGCAUUGCUCUUCCACUGCUUCAACAGUUUGGAUUCUAGUUUGGUGCUGUGCCACAUCAGGAGAUUUCAUCAAGAGAAGCUGUGAUACUUCAAGAGAAACAAGAAUGAAGACUGUCAUUGUAACAAUUUGCCUGAUUGGAUCAGUUUUUGCAAACCCAAUUUUACACAACGUGUUGGUUUCAAAUGAGCAGGAUUCCAAUUCAACGGAAAGUCUGUCUGUUUCACAAUCUUCUGAAAACACUUCAGAACUUCAGAGCUCUGAGGAAGUUGCCUCUACAAACAGUACAGAGUCUGAAUCAUCAGAGUCUGCUUCAGAAGACAAGACCUCAGAAGAGAGUGACAGCGAGUCAGAUGAGGUAAUUGAGAUUGACCCUAUGCUUGAAACUGAAGAUAACAGCAUGGGCAGCGAGGAGAACGUCCGCAAAGUGCAGAGUUGGGUAAAGGCGUUUUCCAGUGUUGGCCAUGUCUUGAGCGCUGAGGACAACACCAGCAGGGAGGUCGAAGGUCAUUUAGAAGAUGCAAGCAAGGAGCUGACUCACAUCUCUUUGACUGCUGACAGUCGUGCAAACCUCCCCCUGCUGCAUAAACGCAUAGACGGCAUUGACAGCAGCAGCAGCGACAGUACAGAUCUUGCAGCUGCUUCCAGCAACAGCACUGAGAGCAACAGCAGUGAAAGCCAGGAGAGCGAUGAGACCAGCGACAGCAGUGAUGCCAGCGAGAGUUCAAAGGAAAGCGACGAAAGCGACAGCGCAGAGUCUGAGCAGGUCAAAGCCAAAGACUGUGUGAAUGGUACACAGAGCUGUGAAAGUGAAGAGUACUUCCUCCAGAGCGUAGGAGAUGAUGCCCACUUCUCUGUUCACGGUCUGAUGAUGCCAGAUGAGGAAAACAGAGAGUUAAGUCUGAGGAGAUGAUUGGUUGUCUGGCUUUAUCAUUUUUCUUUGUGAACAUUUUUAUUUUCUAAACCUCAACAUUAAGUGGGGCAGCUUUUUUUAAUCACAUCUAAACAACAGCAAUUUUUGCUUCAUACAACAUUGAGUAAUUAAUUCUUAAGUGAGAUGAUUGCUAUUGUAAAAUAAAUAAAGUAUUUUCUUUGUUGUAUUAAAACUGUGUUUUAAAAUAUAUAACAAAGCUGG